AUGUCUGCAGAUCUCUUUGCCGAGUUCAAUAGUCUUUCAGACAAUUCAACUCCUGCCUCAACUCAGCAGAAGACCACACCUUUUCUAUCUCAACCUCAACCUCAAGCGCAGCAGCAAAAGCAACAGCCACAACCGCCAAAGCCGUUACAGCGUGCCGAUACUCAGAAUUUUUUUGAUCUCCUAGGAAAGACCAACAAUUCUUCGCCAGUGAACGGCCAGUCAUGGUCAGGCUUCCAGUCUCAGUCUCAGUCAACCGCUCAGAAUGCAUGGGGAAGUGCCCCAGUCCCGUCGAAGCCGGCGGAGACGAACGACGACGAUGAUGAUGGAUGGGGCGAUUUCGAGGUAGCUGAAUCUUCACCAAAUCCAACGGUUAAUGCGGCUCCUGCUCAAACUCCAAGCCCUGCUCCCUUCUCUGCUUCGGGAUGGGGCACCGGUGGAAGUAAUGCUCCAGUCUCGGCGAACCCAUCAUCCAUACCAUGGCCCAAGACAAACCCAGGCUCGGCUGAAGCCAUUGCCCAGCGAGCACCCGGUAUCAAGCAGCAGCCACCAACUAGAAUUGUGAGAGCGUCCACAAUGGACUUAUGGUCUAACAGUCUUGUCGAUAUCGAAGCUUUGCAGAAGUCAACCAGCAGCAGAUCGACGCCUCAACCUUUAUCUCAGCCUUCCAGUUCGCAAUCCCAUUCGCAGCCACAGUCACAGGCACAGUCGCAGUUCACGCAAGGCUGGGGCCAAGGGACAACUAACCAAGAACCGAAACACCAACGAAUGAAAGCCAAGCUUAAAGCUUCUGCUCAGAAAGACCCUAGCGUGCUUUUUGAUGCAGAGGACUUUGAGCUUCAGGUCGCCGAGGAUGACGAAGAUGAGGAUGAGGAUGAGGAUGAUUUUGGGGAUUUCGAAAGUGUCCCUCCUCCAACCGCAACCAAGAUGGCCUCCUCAGCUGCUCCCGGGAAGCCGGCGCCGGCUCCUCCAUCAAUGGAUCUUCUCUCUUUAGACGAGGCGGCUCCAGCUCAACCUCAACCUCAACAGACCAGAAAAGCACCACCUACCCAGCUUCUCGGACCUCUAGCAUUUGGAGCUACUGCUACAAACUAUCCUCAAGCACCAAAAUCACCGUCCUUUCAGGAUCGUAAUCCUUUCCCAGAACUUGCUAUCAAAACACCCACAGAACCAAAAGAAGUAAAGAAGCCAAAAGAAGAGACCCCAACUACAGCAUGGCCAUCUUAUGAAAGCCCAGUGGAUCGUAACCCGGUCAAAUACAAGGAACAAGAAGAAGAGUGGGGUGACUGGGAUGAUUUCUCGGCCGUUGACAGCAAGAAGGCGACUGCCAGCGCAAGGAAUGCGCCUGAAAGCUGGGAAUGGGAUGCUGCUGACAAUGUUCAAUCAUCGCACAGCGAUUCUCAGGGGGAUGCUCCUCCACCAAUUAACGUUCCACCUCCUUCGGUUAUCCUCUCCGCAUUCCCUGAUCUCUUGAGAUCCGGCACUGCACUAUUCAAACCAGUGUCUGGCCAGAGUGCGUCCAUCAAGCAACGCAUUCUGUCGGACCCAAAAGCAGUAGACUUCCUCCAAGGUUACGUUCUCUUAGCUGAAACAGCUGCGCACGUCAUCGCUGGACGUAAACAACGCUGGCAUCGAGAUAAGAUUCUUGCCAAAAGCAUGUCAAUUUCAGCUGCUGGGAGCAAGGGCAUGAAACUUGCGGGAGUCGACAAAACACAAGCUGUACGCGAGGAUCGUGAGGCUGCGGAUGUGGUAGCUGUAUGGCGUCAACAAGUUGGCCCUCUACGAUCUGCAGUUGCUGCGGCCAAGUCGGCCGAUAAGGGUCAAGGGCUAAAAGUACCUGAGAUUAGCGAGAACAUGCAAGUGCAUACGGCUAGAAUGGUACCGACAGCCCCCAAAGCUUGUAUCAUCUGCGGACUGAAGAGGGAAGAGAGAGUGGCCAAGGUGGACGUUGAGGUAGAAGAUAGCUUCGGGGAGUGGUGGGUUGAUCACUGGGGACAUAAAGCGUGCAAGAAUUUUUGGAUAGAGCAUGAGCAAAAGCUGCGACAACGAUGA